AUGGGGUUAGUGUCCCCCCGGGACCCCAGAGCCCUGAGACACCUGCUGCUCCUGUUGCUGCUGCUGGAGGAGUCGCGGGGGUUACCCCCUGGUGAGCGCCUGGGCGGCGGUGGGGAUGGGGGGAGUCUGGGACCCCACACUCUCCGCUACGACCUCAUGGCCCUGUCCCUGGACAGGCCUGGGAAGCCCCAGUUCCUGGCCCUGGGCUACUUUGAUGAUGAGAUCUUCCUGCGCUAUGAUGGCGAGAGCCAGAGGGCAGAGCCCCGGGGUCUAGGGAUCAAGAUGGACCUGGGAGCUGAGACCUGGGAGAGAGAGACCAAGGACCUGAAGGAGAAGGAACAGCAGCUCAGACAGAUGCUGACAGAGAUCAUGGGCGUGCAGGCCCAGGCCUCAGGGCAGGACUUCCUCACCUUCGACUCAGAGACCCUCCCAUGGAUGGUGGCCACGCCCUCAGCCCUGCGCAUCAAGAAGUUCUGGGAGACCCAAGGCCCCAGGGCUGAUCUGGUUAAGACUUUCCUGCGUGUGACUUGUCCUGCCCAACUCUGGAGAUACCUGGCCUCUUGGAGGGGCCUCCUGGAGAAUAGAGAUCCCCCGUCAGUGACUGUAACCUGCAGUAAGAACCUGGUGGGCCAGGUCAUCCUGAGGUGCUGGGCUUUUAGCUUCUAUCCUCGGGGUGCCACCCUGACCUGGCUUCGGGAUGGGGAGCCCAUGCACCACGGCACCUUUGGGCCUGGGACCAACCUGCCCAGUGGGGACGGGACCUACCAGACCUGGGUAGACACUCAGAUCCUCCCUGGAGAGGAGCAGAGGUUCGCCUGCCACGUGGGACACUGCGGGCUGAACACCACGGUCCCUGCAGUCUCUGAAGAGAUCUUUCUAAUGGGGGACUUCACCCCACUGGCCAUUAUCAGCCCUCAGCUGGGCAUCGUGACCCUCCUGCCUGCUGACGACCUGGCUGCUGGCGACUAA